AGCAGUUGCUAAUCCAGUCAAAACAAUCAAACCAAAAUAACAAAUGCGUUUCUACCUAUUCUAAUUUGUUGUUUUUUUCUAUCACUUGGAAUAACAGUUCAUAACAGAAAAAGAAGAGGUUAAAUCUGAUAUAAAUGGGGCUGCAAAACCAAGUCGCAAUAUCUCGCAAGAUCGGUGCCCACUCGGACAAAGCCGAUCUGGCGGCCCGACUACUUCAACUAUACGAGUCCACAGCCAACCCUCAAUUUAGAAGACAGUGUCUACGAAUGAUAUCCUCCCUCACCCGAGAUGAAUCCAAGUCAGAGGGGGGCAGGGAUAAAUGUAGAGCAGACGACAGAGGCGGACUGCUGGCGAGAAGUCAAACAACGAGAGAGAAAAAGCCGAGACAGGCUUUCGUAGACUUGAAGGCACAGACUCAAUCGGUUUCCAAACUAAUUGAGAAGUCAGAAUUAUGCAGUGCUCUUUCACUUGAAGAUGAAUGGCGUGUUAGGAACGCAUACCAGACUAGUUAUCAGAGACAGUUUCCAAUUGAGAAUACAUUCAAAGAAGCCCAAUUAGGACAGCCUAUGAGCUCCUGCCUCAUAGAAGAGCCGAUGCAGGCUCCAAAGCCCUCAAAUCGCGACAGCAAAAAAUGCAAGGACUCCACGAGCCAAAAUGAGUCAAAACUGAAAGCUUCCAGCACCUUCUGCCGAUUCCUCCCCCGAGUCCCCUGUCAGCCUCUCACGAGAUAUGGGGAGGAGUUUUACGAAAAGGGAUUCCAAAAAGCUCAACCUGUGAGAGCAGCCUCUGGGUCCGGGUUGAGAAAGAAUAACCCGCAAACCAAAAUGGAUUUCAUGAACUGGCAGAACUCGAAACAAAGAGAAAAAGUAUCAGCAAGCAGUUAUGACGUAACAGCGAGUGUGCCGAAUGUGAAUGACAUAAUAGUCUACCGAGUAAAAAAUGGAUCUCACACCGAGCGGAAUCUGAGCGGGAAAGACUCGCCGUGGAAGAAGAACGAAAUGAACCACCCGGCGGCACGACCGAACACGGCAAGAAACCCUUUUCGAAUAAACGACUCGCGAGUGGAGAACGCAAUACGAGACAAAACGAGAUCCAUUUACCAAGUUGACUAUCUUGGCGCACCUCAAGGUGUCAAUCUACGAACUGCGUUCUUCGACGUUAGCGACCUGAACGCCUCUGGUGAGAAGCCAAGUCCUCCAAAGACCCUAGACACGAACAGUAGAAUCUCCUAUCUGCGGCCGAAGAAGCAACCGGCUUCACUUCGGCCCCAGACCACCAGAUAUGAGUGCAACCCUGGUUUCCACAUACCAGCUUUGGGAGUUGUGCCCCUGAUAAGCGAAGGCGACGUGGACCUGAGUUCGUUGGGGGAGAGGGGUGCGAGGACAACCUACUCUAGAGAAUAUAACCACAAGAGACCUUUCACCGCACCCGGUAGUCGAUUUGGAAACCGACCUGACCACAAACCCAUUCCAAAUGUAUCUCUCGUUCUCAAUUCGACAGAUUUUGUGGAUGAAAACGGAGUGUUGCUGAACAAAGAAGAGAUCUUCAAACGGGCUAGAAGUGCACGUGUGAAUGAGUCCUUGACCUAUCGGAAGCCUUUGAAGCCGACUAUUAUCAGCAUUCAAGAACCCUUCAGUCAGUGGUCUGGUCCAGAAUAGAUUAAAUUUCCUUUUAGAUCUACAUGAUUAUAUAAAAACUGAUAAAAUUAGUGGAAUCAUCUCUAGAUUUAUUAUCAUAA